CCGUUGCUAUCGUAUGCUGAAAAAUAAAGUGCACACGAAAGACUUCACUAUUACAAAUUCAAAGUGUAUACGAUACAAUUUUAUACUGUUCAGUCUGUGUCUUGCAUUAGAGCGGCUUUAAGUGUUUCGUUUUUCAUUUUGGAAACGAAAAGGAAUCGCAUCUAACAAAAUAUUUCUAUAUAUAUCUAUAUGUGCAUAAGAAAUAUACGACUAUAAAAGUCGGAACAAGUUGAACCAUACCUGUGCACCGUGUAUCUAGUGUGUUAGCUGUUGUAGCUCGUGCACACAUUGUACAACAUUCACAUAUAUUGCAGUUGAGGCUCGAUCGCGCGCGCGCACAUCACACACAUCGAGGAGCAAAAAGACAUUCUAUACGUGCUUGGAUCUGCAAGAGAGUGCAUUUGUGCCUGUUUAUUUGAUUUGCUAUUGAUCGUUUGUUCGUUCUCUCUCUCUUUCUCUAUUGCUCUGCAUGUGUAACAGGUGCCUGAAGCCUACUUCGGUGUGCUUGCACAGUGUGUUCAGUCAAUUGUAGAAUGCGCAACACCAGCAUCUCUCCAUCGGAAUAGCAAUGCAAAAAUAGCAGAGCCAUAGAUACAUCGAGAGAGCCGAGAUACGUAUCUCAUCGUGCAUUUGAAAAACUGUAUUUCCGCAUAACGGAUAUUUUGUGGCGUUGAAUGCUGACUUUUGCUCGAGUAUCUAUCGCUUUAUCGUGCGCGCUCACGCUCUUUAUUUUGUUAUUUUAUUUGCCAUCGUACUUAUCCAUUUAAUUAUUUGUUCGCUCAUUCGCUUAUUCUCAUCAUAAGCGCAGUCGUGUUAUGUGUUAAUGCGCAUAUGCUCUGUACAUCAUCGCCAUCAACAUCAUCAUAUAUAAUUUGGUUGACCAGCAAUUGGAUUUUGGUAUUGUGUGUCUCUCACUUCCUCGGCUUUAAUUUCAAACAUUUCGGUGUAUGUUUUUUUUAAUGUUCAUUUUUUAAAUCACCAUAAUAAUCAGUGCGUGUGUGGUAUUUCUGAGUUUGUUGUAUCACUCUUUCUCUUCCUAAGUCCGUCGAAGCCAUAGAAAAAUAGCCGUUUUGUGAUUGUGCAGUCAAAUGUAGUAGACCAGCGUUAAAAGUGCAUUUCAAUUGUAUAUUGUGAUCAUCACUUCGUUCAUUAGUGUUCAUAUUGUCUCUGCUACAUAAAUUAUUUUACAUAAAUAAUAUAAAUAUAUGUUUAAGUGAUUUUUUGUAAGGUUUUGUCGAGAGAGAAAAAAAACGCAACAUAAAAAGUAAAUAAUUUGUGUCAUAGUAUCAAUCCGGAACACGAAUGUUUCCAAGUGUUUCCAAUUACUGCAUGGAAUGUCAACAAGCAUAUAGUAGCUACAUCGACAACAAACCAGGAAAUUAUAAAUCGCAUAUUUUUUUUGUUAACAGAAUAAAAUGCUUACCAAAAACCGAAAACAAACAAUUAACAACAUAAAUUCUUUAGUGUAAUCAAAGUGUGUGUUGCAUUACAUUGCAUUAUAUUGAAGUGAAGUGAAGUGAAGUGAAGUGAAGGAGAGUGUUCGUCGAAGUGAGCGUAUAUGUAUAUUGAAAAUCAGUGCCAUCGAAAGUGUGUGCACGUUUGCCGAUUAUAUUCAUCUACCAAAUGGAAUUGAAAAUCAAAUGUUGUGCCGUUCGAAAAUUGCGACAGAUUCAUUGGUUGGCUUGGUUGGUAUCACUAAAUAUACUGUUAUGUAGAGCAAGUAUUGGCACUUGGGCCAAAAAUCAGCUAUGCGAAGUAGAAACUGGCCAAACGAACAUCAUUUUAGAUAUAGAAGAGAGUCGGGGAAAUUAUAUCGAUCAACGUACAACGCCCGGCGAAUUACCCAUUUUCGGUGAUCCAUUCACAGAAAUCGCAUUAGAAUUGAAUUUCCCCAAAGGCAAUCAAAUAUUUCUACUCAAUGGAAAAUCAUUGCAACUUCUGCAGCCACUUGACCGUGAUGCUGAAAAUCUUAGUCAUAUUAUAUUUCAGGUCUCAUGCACAAUUCGGUCAUCAAGACGAAGACGAAACAUUCCAGUUAUAGUGCGCGUGUCUGAUAUCAAUGAUAAUGCUCCAGUGUUUCAGAAUUCAUCGUAUGAAACAACAGUGCCCGAGUCGACCCAAAUCGGAACGACCGUUUUCAAGGAUCUUCAAGCAAAAGACGUUGAUGCUGGAGUCAAUGGUUUAGUUGAAUAUUUUAUUAUCGAAGGUACAAACAACUUCACCAGCGAAGUAACGCUUACAGCAAACGAUGGAUAUGGAGUGUUUUCCAUACCGUUUCCACAUCAGGGUCAAAUUACCUUAUCAAAAAGUUUGGACUAUGAACGCACACAAAAAUACUAUUUAACCGUUAUUGCAUCGGAUCGUGCCAGAAAUGUUUCGGAACGUAUGACAGCAACUACAACAGUUGUGAUAAAUGUUGAAGACUCCGAUGAUUUGGAUCCAUCCUUUAUCUAUGCUGGUUGUGUACUUUUGGAUGGUGCAUGUAUAAAUCCCGAAUAUACGGCAUCUGUAUCGGUUGGUGUGUUGCAAGGUGUUUUACCCGUUCUACCUGAACGCAUUCAAGCGAUUGAUUUGGAUACAAUCAGUGCGCCGAUUCGAUAUACAUUUGCAAAAGGAACGCCAUCAAACUAUAAUGAGUAUUUUUCGAUUGAUGAAAGUACGGGAAUUUUAAAGCAUAUCAAAGUGGUUGAGGCCAAUAUCGCAAAUGAAUUUGAAAUUGUGGUCAAAGCUGAAGAGAUUUCACCGCAAAAACGUUUCACCACCGCAAAGUUAACAAUUAAGGUGAAAAAAAUGGACACAAGUCCACCGAUGAUAAAUGCCACAGCUGUUGUUGGUUAUGUUGAUGAGAAUUCAGCAAUCGGAACAAAAGUCUUAGAUGUCAAUGGAAAACCAAUUCAUUUAUCAAUUACCGAUGAUGAUUUGAAUAAUUCCGAUCCAAAACCAGAAUACAUUUUCGAAUUGACGACUCCAUCGUUUCUCAUUUCGAAAUCGGGUUAUUUGGUUGUCAACGAAGAUGGUUUGGACCGUGAUCCACCAAAUCCUGGUUUAUAUCGAUUCCAAUUGGUGGCACGUGAAGCAACAUCGAACGCAGCCAGUGCACCAUUCAGUUUGACGGUUAAUUUAAUUGAUAAAAAUGACAAUUCACCGAAAUUUCCCAUUUACGAUCCAGUUAAUGUAAAGGCCGGCGAAAAUCGACGUUUCGUUGCACAAAUUACAGCGACCGAUAUUGAUGAAGGUGAAAAUGCCGUACUCAAUUAUUCAAUCUAUCAUGUUUCCAAUAACGGAAUGAAUAAGUUUAUGAUCAAUGAGAAAACGGGUGUGAUCGAAACAAAGGGAAAAUUGGUAUCAGGCGAACAUUACAGUAUCACCAUUCAAGCAACAGACACGGGCUUGUUGUCGUCGCAAACAAUUGUCGAAGUGUAUAUAACGCCCGGUCCAAAUCUUCGACCACCCAAAUUCACCAAACCUAUUUACGAAGUACAUAUUAGCGAAGGUGCUGAAAUUAAUUCAACCGUUGUCAAUGUACAUGCUGAAGAUCCGGAAAAUGAAACAAUCUCGUAUUCAAUUGUGUCAGGGGAUGAUUUGAGACAGUUUAGCAUUCAUGACAAUGGCCUGGUGACAGUGAGCCGGAAAUUGGAUCGAGAAGAUUUGACACGAUAUCAAUUAAUUAUUCGUGCCGAAGAUACAGGCGGUUUGUCCAGCAGUGCGACAAUUAAUAUUAAAGUGACCGAUAUCAAUGACAAAAAUCCGGAAUUUGAUGAUCAAGUCAAUCCGUAUGUGUUUAAUGUUGACGAAGGUCGUGAAAAUGCAUUCGUCGGCAUUGUUCAUGCACAUGAUGCUGACGAAGGAAUUAAUGCAAAGGUUACCUAUUACUUGCCGGAAGAUGUACCAUUCAAAGUAAAUGCAACAACUGGCGAAAUUCGAACAAAAAUUAAACUUGACUUCGAAACAAAAUCAACCUUUAAAUUCAUGAUCACAGCAAAAGAUGGAGCAACAGUAGAACCUCGAAUUGGAACGACAAUGGUGACAAUACAUGUGAGUGAUAUUCCUGAUGAAGUGCCAAUAUUUACGGAUACACAAAUCGAAGUGAAAGUUCCGGAAAAUAUACCAAAUUAUCAUAUCACCACUGUUCGAGCGUACGACCCGGACACAGUUAAACAAAUCACCUAUACACUGCGUGAUGGUCGAAUUGAUUUAUUUAAAAUAGACUCAAAAACGGGCGAAGUGAAGACAAUUCGUAAUUUAGAUUAUGAGACGGAUAGAAAACACGAACUGAUUAUUGGAACGCUUGAAAAUAUGGGAAAUAAUACGGGUGAUUUUGUGCGGGUUACUGUGGUAGUAGAAGAUCGAAAUGAUGUGGCUCCAGUUUUCAUAAAUAAUUUGGGACCGAUUACAUUGAACGACGACCAGCCCAUCGGAAGUGAAGUGGCCGAAGUAAAAGCAAACGAUGGUGAUGGAUCAUAUCCAGGAAAUGCGGUACGCUAUGAAAUUGUGGGCAGAGGAAAAGCAUUGGCAUAUUUUCAAAUCGAUUCGGAAAGUGCUGUAAUCAAAAUAAAAGAAUUACUCAGCAAAGACGAUGACACGGAAUAUCAGAUUGAUGUUCGUGCCUAUGAUUUGGGUGAGCCACAAUUGAGCGCAAUAACAUCGCUCACGAUCUUUGUUCGCCACAUGACUAACGAAGAUCAAGCCAUAAAUAAUACGGUUUAUUAUUCAAAAGAAAUGGCCCCAAUUAAUAUGGGACAUGCGGAAAUGAUUGAUGUCGGUUUCUCAAUGGAUGCGUACAAAUGCAGCAUUUCCGAAGCGAUUCGCGUGAAUUCAACCAUUAAAUUUUUGGAAAUUGCAAACAUAAAUAACGUUCGAAAGCAAAAUUUACGAUUGAAAUGUGAAGUAACACAUGGUGAUGAGAAUGAAACAUUUGUUGCAAAUAUGAUACAAAAUUCGUGCGUCAUAAGCUUACGCAAAGCUUUAGAUUAUGAAAUUAAGAAGCAAUACGAAUUAACAGUUACUAUAUCGUCCGAAAAGUACUAUAUAAAUCCAUUGAAAAAUCUAGCAAAAAUCAACAUUCAAGUGUUGGAUGAGAAUGACAAUGAGCCGGAAUUUAUAAUCGAAACGAGUUUGGGACCGAAUUCAAAAAAUAAUACUUACUAUGCAACAGUUAAUCCUGAAGCCUUUAUCGAUACAUCUAUUCUUCAAGUGAAGGCCAUUGACAAAGAUUCCGGUGAUUAUGGAAAAAUAAAAUAUCAAAUUUUGGAUGAAAUUCCAUCGGAAAAUGAAUCAACAAAGCCAAGCAGUUACUUUGUCAUUUCGGAAGACACUGGCGUAUUGAAAGUGCAGCGCAGUUUAAAAUCGAUUCAAAAUACACCGUUGAUAUUUUUUGUCGAAGCAAUUGAUAACAAUGGCGACUUAAUGGACGAAAAAACAAAACGUUCAAAAUCUCGAAUUGUAAUCAAUUUCUUAACCGAUGCCAACCGUUUGGCAUUGGCUUUUUCUGAUUUACCACCGAAAUCUUUGCGCGCUCAUUCCAAUUCGCUAAAACAAUUGCUGAGUGAAAAAUCAAAUGGCAAUAUUGUAAUGAUUGAAGGUUUUAGUAAUCGACAAUAUUUGAAUGAAAAUGGUUUGAUGGAAGAGAAUCCAGACGCAACCGACGUAUGGUUUUACAUCAUUGAUUCGAAAACGGAGAAAAUUUUGGAUCGAAACGAUCCACAGAUUCAGGCUCAAUUCUUUGAGAAAGUUGCCCAAACCGAUAUUAACUACGAAGCAUCGACUAUUGCACGAGCCACCGCACAAGGUAUCUUCAGUCCGGUUGCUGUAGUUGAUGAUCAAAUAAAGAAGACGAAAACAGCGGUCAUUAUAAAAAGUGACGUCUUUCCAUACACGCUGAUCGCCAUUGCAUUGCUCAUUUUGAUUUUUGGCAUUUUUGGCAUCGUUUACAUUUGCAUUUCAUGGACAAAAUAUACAAAUUUCAAGCAAAGAAUGCGACAAUAUACAGCCGCCUCAAUAAAUACAACGUCAAGCAUUAAAAACUAUGAUACGAUGAAUACAAUGAUGGCAAAUAGCCGACCGAAUUCACAGCACAGCGAUACACAAUCACAACUGAAAGAAUAUGAAACUCAAGUAUUGGCCAUGGCUGUCAACAACGACGAAGUGGAUGAUCUACAAUUAGACUUCAGUUCAAAGAAUCAUGCAUUUAAUUUAGAUAAUGUCAGUUAUAUUACACAUAAGAAAAAUGGCCGAAAUAGUCCAACACAUUCGUCGGCAACAACAGCUGGAAUGUCGACAGUACAACGCAAUAUGAACAAUAAUCCAAAUGUGAAUAGCACACAUGCUCAUGAGGAGAGCACGUUAAGUCGCAAUAUGCGAUUGCAGUCGAAUGCCAUUGCACCACAUGCCAUUAAUGAUCACUUAAAUAUAGGUUCACUUACAUUAGGAAGAAUUAAGCCACAUAAAAAUAAUAGUCAGUAUGGUUAUGGAGCAAACCAUACCGAACGAACUUAUGAGAAUAAUUAUAAUAAUUUCAAUACGCUCGGACGUAACAAUCGAAUACCAGCAUCAUCACCACCAGCCCAAUUUGAAGCAUCUCGAAUAAUGGGCUCAAGACUUAGUUUUCAGGAUAAUAUGCAUGACGUAUCGCCAGUGUCUAACUAUUACUCAAGGAUUUAUGACGGUCAAAACCAUUCCCGGUGCAAUGAAAAUGUAACGUUUGGCAAACGAGACUACAACGAUUUCAAUUUUAUGUAUUUGAACGGUUUGGAUCGAUCCGAAGCCGAAACAACUACAGAACUAUGAUGUACUGCUGCACUAGAAAAGAAAAAUCUCAACUCAUUUUAUUGAACUGAUUUAGAACAAAGUGAAGUGAACGAUUCAAUGUAAAAUAGUUUUUAUUUUAACAAAUUUUAGUUUUACAACCGAACACUCUCUCGAAUUAUUUAAUUUUGCAGAUAGAUUUUUAAAUGAGAAAAAAAAAGAAUUUU